AUGUGCCACGGAAAUGGCUAUCGUCUUGUAGAGGAGAUAAUUGUGCAGUGCGACGUCGAGCCGACUCGAGUUUCGGUAUUUUUUUCGGUAAAAUCUAUUUCCUCCGGUAGCCGGGGGGAAAUAGAUUCAACUACAAUCAUAGAUUUACUUAGGCAUCCUGUAAGCUCCUUGGGAUUACACCAUGUCCCUGUCAGUCGGUGGUCAAUAGAAAAUUUGGACUUUAGCAUCUCCCGGCAGCCGGGGGGAAAUAGGUUUGACCCUUUAGAAACGGUUAAAGUAGUAGAAGUGUUUGUAAAUACGCAGCCGUCUUCCUCUGCAACAGAGAUUUUAAAAAAUCAGAAACUUGUGAAGGAUCUUGCAGUGAAAAAAGCCACUCCUGAUGUGGAGGCAAAAACUCCUUCGGCUAAUAAGCAGAAAUGCAUGAAAGAAAAGAUGUGCAGGAUGAUUGAGCAGAUGUCAAAUGAACUUAAAGAAAGCCAAUGGGUUAUGAAUGAAAUAUUGCUGACUAUAAGAUCAGUUGUUGCUGUGCUAAUGCUUGGAAAAACUACAAAUUAUUCUCCAAUUAAGAUGGAAAAGAAUCAAGCAACAUAUUCUGAUGACGUUGAGCAAGCAGAAAAUACUGAAAUGCUGUACAAGAAUCUUACAUAUCCAUUGAAAACUUUAAAGAUCAACAGCAUUACAGCAAGCUGUUUGACUCAUUGCCAGAUUCAACUUCCCAACUAUACACCAUAAACAUUCUGAAACAGUUAAUUAGCAAAGAAUUGGCAACUGAAUUCACAUUGAAUGGGAAAGCAGAUUUACAUGGAAUGGUAAAUACGCUCUUUCGAAUCCCUUCAGCUGUAUUCCGUCAUUAAGAGAAAAACCUUUUCGGGUAUGCAUCUUUAAUUGGAUAACGAAGUGCAGAGCAGAUGUAACGAAGUAUAUUGUAGAAGAAGUGAGAGCUAACCAUCAUUGCCGAAUACCUUUAGAUGAAUUCUGAAAUCCACCUUGAACGUUUUAUUUUUUUCGGAUUAUUGAAAAGUCUGAUUUUAUGUUUUAGAUGAUUGUUUUUUUUUUUCUUUUAAUAAUGUCGAUGCAAUUUAUAAAAAGAAUUGUAUUUUCUUUUAACUCGGUUGAAAACGAUAAUGAAACGUAAUUAAACCAG